AUGAAUGCUAAACUGUAUCUCCAGUCGUAUGGGUGGCUAGAGGGCCAGCCCUUGAGAGAAGGUGGGUUGAAAAAGCCCAUCUUGGUCAACCACAAAAAGGAUACCAAGGGUUUAGGACAUGAUACCAACAAUGCAGAUAUGUGGUGGGAGAGCUUGUUUGAUGGCCAGUUGAAAAGUUUGGAGGUUGAUCAUUCUGCAAAUGGAGGACCCACUUUUAAGCAAGAUAAGCAACAGGUGGACAAUACUAUGAGAAAAUCAUUGUCUCCUUUGUACAGGAUGUUUGUGAAAGGUCAAGGUUUGGCAGGAACUGUGGGUAAAGUUGAACACACUAAAGUUGAGCUGAAGAUUGAUGCGAAUAAAGCAAUUGAGGAGAUACAUAAGCUAACCACUGGAGUAAAGUUUAAGCUGCGAAGUGAUACGGAGAAGAUGAACAUAAAAGUAGAUGACGCUGCAUUAGAGACAGACAGAAAGAGGAAAGAAAAGAAAGACAAGAAGGACAAGAAGGACAAGAAAGACAAGAAGGACAAGAAAGAAAAGAAAGAAAAGAAGGAAAAGAAGGAAAAGAAGGACAAGAAGGAAAAGAAAGGCAAGAAAGAAAAGAAGGAAGAGCAGAAAGAAAAGCUGAAAAAGAGAAGGUUGGAGCAAACGGAUGAAGAAGAAGAGAUUGGAAAACAAAACGAAAGAAAAAAGUUUAGAACAACCAAAAAUUCCGACGAAAAUGAAGAAAUAAUAAAGAAUAGGGACAAGAAAGAUAAGAUGGGCAAGAAGGACAAGAAGGACAAGAAGCUCAAAAAGAGCAAAACAGAAAACUAA